GAUUCUUUGAAGAGGUGUGAAGUCCCUACCGCGCGCAUGUGGGUCGUCGGCGAAGGAUGACCGCCGACGCGGCCCUCGCGCCACGUCAGGGAAGAUCCUCCUCACCGCGUGGAAAUGCACAUGGCCGCGCUCCGCUCUUCUUCUCCCCUGCGUGCAGGUUAUACGCGCGCUGACGCAGCCCGGAAACCAGAAUCUGGUAGCAUCGGAAGGUGACACUACUGCUUCCACUGCUGAUGUCGCAGAACAACACCACGGAUCGCAGGAGGGCCGGAUGCACUCGCCGCCCGAAAGCGAAGCAGGGGGAGCUGCUCAGUCCUUGUCACAUGAACGCACGGCGUUCUCGUCGACCGGUGGCGCUCUGUUCGUGCAAGCGCAGCAGGCGGAGGAGGGUCGCAGCCCGGCGUCGUCUUCAACACUGAUGCUCACGCUGACACCUACGGCAGAGCAAUCCGCCGAAACGUGGGAGGCUGAAGCGUACGAGAUCAAGGGUGGUGCAGCAGCCCGCGACGAUGAGAUGUGGUCUCCGGAACCGAUCGAGGAUGACGGAGGUGGGACUCUUGCUCACCCAUCGGCCGCCAAACCACAGGCGCUAGUAGAGAUAACGGCCUCAGAGAAGAUGCUGGAUGAGCCAGAAGAUCCUCGGGUGCUUAUCCAGAGCCUGCGGGAAGAAUUGAACGGACUGAAGGACUCUUUACGCGAACAGCAAGUCAAGUUGGAACAGACCGAACAGAAGGUGGCCGGCGGAUUGGACCACGCGCGCGGAUUCGGAGCAGUGAGCAACCGAUGGAUCUACCAACUGGCCGUUCGGGAGCGCGGAUACAGCCGAGUAAACGGCAUCACCUGCUUUUUUCUGCUCACGUUCGGAUACGCAGUCAUGUUAAUCGGCACAGUGCUUCCGAUUCGCCAGGUGUUUGUGCCAAAGCAUCUUUCCACCGGAGAGCCGUUGUUCCCGUGGGAUUUCCUGACGCGGGGAACCUUGUCCUCCGUGUGCCAAGUCCAGCACUCGCCGGAGGGACUUAUCUUUACGGUUUCCCUAGUGCUGUACUGCGUCUGCAGUUUGCUGAGCCGCUACCCGCUGUUUGUGUACCAGCCGUGGUGCACGGCCCCGGCUCGCGAGGACCUGACGAGUUCCGCGGAAGGCUCCUUUUUGCGCCGUUUUCUCCGGGGGGGCGGACGGCUCCAGCGGGAAUGUUGGUGUUAUGACCGUCGGCGAUGGCGGGAGUUGCGCGUUUCCCUCCGUGACUUACAGCUGCGGUGCGUUGGGCUGCCUGGAUAUCACCGACAACCGCCCCGCUGUCAAAUGGCGUUAUGAUGGUAGCAUGACCGAAAUGGACGCCGGUACCAGCAGUGGUUGUGCCGACACGGCGGCAAUUGCUGUGAAUGGCGCGUGCGGGAGCAGCGUUUACAAUUUUUGCUACAGAAUUGUAUCUAAUGCGUGCCCCACGCCGACCAACAUGUGCGAUCAUUUUGCCAAUCUGUCAUCCGGUGCCACCUCCACCGCUCUCUCCGCCGUCGUCGCGGCUGCCGGUACCUCCUUGGUGCUCUUCUUUUACAGGAGUGCGGAGUGGAGAGGGGCGAUGGUUUAAACCUGGAGGAUUGUGGAGGAGAGUGCGGAUUGUAGCGAAGAGCGCGGGGUUUGGGGUAGGUCUGGACAGAGUAACCCUUGACUGGUAACUCAGACAGGAGUCAGAUGUUGAGGAGAAUCGUGAGCCAGUUAGGGUAUGCAAUUACUACGAGUACGAUUCUUUUGCAAUGCGUAUUGGUUUUAUGUGUACGAUCUUGGUGACAUCCGGUUGAGACACUGGUUGCUAGCUACCUACAAGCAGGAAUAUAGAUAGUGAGUUUGACAGUAAGUAACUCGCUCGCCUGAAGAAGCGAGCACACAAUUGGUUGCAUGUGUACGCGUUUUAGAAGCGAGCACACCUGCCGGCUUUAUGUAUGCAAGGGCGGAUGAAAAUUUUUGCGAGGAUAACUGAUGAACAGGACCCUCCUCGCUUCUCGUGCGCACGAAAAGCAGCGCCGACCCAAGAACGAAUCUAGCAUCAAGGGUCUUUGGUGCAACUCUGAGAUAGAGUGUUUUUUUUUGCGAUGAACAAUCCUGUUUCGCAGCUACAGAAAAUCUUAUUUCGCAGAUAAAGACUCACAGGCCUGGCUCAUGACCAUGACGCGCUACC